AUGGCUGCCUCGAGAAACACCAUUCUGCGUCUCAUCAAUGCUUCCCAGUCCUCCGUCUGUCCCUGCCAUGGCUGUCGUCCUGCAGUCACUCCAGCCAGCCAGCUCCAGUCCAUCAAUCAGCUGAGGAGCUUCGCCACCCCUGUCCAGGCCGUGGAGAAGGAGUACGCAUUCGAGGUCGCUGCAUCUAAUCUGCGCUUCGGUGACGGGGUUACUGCUGAAGUCGGCAUGGAUCUCAAGAACAUGAACGCACGCAAGGCUAUCGCUGCUCUUGAAGCGCAAUCGAACCUCCCUUUCGAGGUUUAUGAUAAAGUGGUUGCAGAGCCAACUGAAGACAGUUGGCGCAAUGCCAUUGACUGGGCCCGCCAGCAUGAUUUCAGUCACUUCUUAGCUGUUGGAGGAGGGAGCGUAAUCGACACUGCCAAGGCGGCCAAUUUAUUCUCCGUCUACAAGGACGCCGAUUUAAUGGACUUUAUCAAUGCUCCUGUUGGGAAAGGACUUCCAAUUGCAAAGUCGUUAUUGCCACUCAUCGCGGUUCCUACCACCGCGGGUACUGGUUCGGAGACAACAGGCACCGCUAUUCUCGAUAUCACUUCCCGGUCAUUCAAGACUGGUAUCGCCAACCGGGCAAUGAAACCGGUUCUCGGUAUUGAUACACUCAACACUGAAUCUUGUCCAACAGCUGUCCAUAUAAGUGCGGGCCUUGACGUCCUGUUCCAUAGUAUGGAAAGUUACACCGCAAUUCCGUAUACUGAACGUACACCACGCCCCUCAAAUCCCAUCCUGCGUCCUGCAUAUCAAGGAAGUAACCCUGUCGCCGAUAUUUUCUCUCUCUGGGCACUUCAGACGACAGUCAAAUACCUACCCCGCAUAGCGAAAAAUAGAGACGAUAGCGAGGCUCGCAAACAAAUGUUGCUUGCAUCCUCCUUUGCUGGAAUAGGCUUCGGUAAUGCUGGAGUGCACCUAUGCCAUGGAAUGAGCUAUCCAAUUUCAGGACUCAACAAAAAAGGGCCGAAGUAUAAACACGCAGGAUACAUCACCGAUCUUCCUAUAAUUCCUCAUGGAAUCAGUGUCGCUCUGACUGGACCUGCUGUUUUCCAGUUCACUGCUCCUUCUUCGCCUGACAGACACCGUCGCGCGCUCGCCAUCUUUAAUGGUACAACUGAAUCAGACCCUUCCAUUACAAAAAUUGCCGACUCGGAGCUUGGCCCUCAUCUGUAUGAAUCCAUUGCUCGUUUCUUGGAUGGCCUCGGAGUCCCACGUGGAUUAAAGGCAGUUGGCUACAAAGCGAGUGACGUCGAAAAGUUGGUGCAAGGUACCUUACCUCAAAGACGAGUGCUCGAUCUAGCACCUGGAAUCGGUGAUAUUAUCGGUUCCGACGGAAAAGAACAUUUGACCAAGAUCAUGGAGAAUUCGUUAGAAUAUUAA